AUGGGGUGGUGUCACAAGGUGCAGGAGUCUCUGCUGAGCUCGGCCAGCGGCUACAGCAACUACCGCGGCAUCCUCAACUGGUGUGUGGUCAUGCUGCCCGGGCUCCAGCGGCGUUUUCUGUUCCAGUGGAUGGUGCCCACGAUCCAGAACUCCAUGAAGCCGUUUCGGGACAUGGAUUAUUCCCGGAUCAUCGAGCGGCUCCUGAAGCUGGCCGUCCCCAACCACCUCAUCUGGCUCAUCUUUUUCUACUGGUUCUUCCACUCCUGCCUGAACGUGGUGGCCGAAGUGAUGCAGUUCGGGGACCGGGAAUUUUACAGGGACUGGUGGAAUUCGGAGUCAGUGACCUAUUUCUGGCAGAACUGGAACAUCCCUGUCCACAAGUGGUGUCUCAGGCACUUCUACAAGCCCAUGCUAAAGCGGGGGGCCAGCAAGUGGGCAGCCCAGACGGCCGUUUUCCUGGCGUCUGCCUUCUUCCACGAGUACUUGUUGAGCGUCCCCCUGAAGAUGUUGCGGCCUUGGGCGUUCAUGGGGAUGGCAGCUCAGAUCCCGCUGGCCUGGUUCGUCUCCAAAUUCCUCAGGGGUAACUACGGGAACGCGGCCGUCUGGAUAUCCCUGAUCAUCGGCCAGCCCAUCGCCGUCCUGAUGUACGUGCACGACUACUACGUGCUCAACUAUGAAGGCAACCAGUGAGGCGGUGGUCCGACAGCCCGUCCCUCCCCGGUGAACCCCCGCUGGGGCGCACGGACCCCCUCAGACUGUGCCGGUGCCACCGUCCUUGUGAAUCGAAUGUUGGAUCAAUGCAAUAGCUCCUGGGGCAUGGAGGGGGGGGACACA